UCGGUAAAUGCACUUGGUCAGCGCUGUUGUGCGACGUAUCCCCCUCGCUGUAAGGCCGCUUCGGGCAAAGAUGUUUCAGCAUCUCCGGGACUGCCUAUUCGUCUUGUGUGCCAUGGACAUUAUUACAUGCCAGUGUUACCCGUUACCCGACGAGACGGGAGACACCGACCAUGCGUCGCCUGCUACAUGCCACUUCAGCUUCGAGCGAAGGCCGUUACAAUACUAGUACUGUAGGCCUCACGGUUGCAUACCGAUGUUUGGUUAUUGCCUGCCACCAGGCACCACUGCACUGAAUUUGACGGCCGAGGCCACCGUAGGUGAAGGCCACUUAGAGCAAAUGACUAAUCAAGGUUCGCUUAUUCGCUUAACCUCCCUUGCCAGUUUCUUGCGGCAAGGCUGGCCUCACCGCCUGCCCAAACAAUCCCGCAGCAGGCGGCGACAGAAGCGGCAGAAUUUUUCUGGCCCGCAGCCUGGCUGUACGAUUGUAGAUUUGCGUUGCCCACCGCGCUGUGGCUACGAGUUUGGCCUCAAAUGCGCAAAUACUUUCUUCGUCCUUUGUAUGGCACUGUGGCAACGAACUCUGCUCAGCAAGUGAGCAGUCUAGUUCUUUGACACAAGCUGCUCUCUAUAUCCCGCGAAUCCCAAAUGCCGCCGAAAAGAAAGGCCGACGGCGCCGCCGCCGCAUCGCAACAGACAUCUCGCAACCCGGUACCAAAGGCUGUUCCUCGCAGGGCUGCUCCGCCUGCUGUCACAUCCACCACGGGAGAAAUACAUUCACACGGUCGGAGCGGGAAGGACGAGUCGAAAUCCGAAAAACAUAGCUGCAAGCCAUACCACCAUGCUGACAGCUUUGAUGCUGCGUUGGAACCCUUUUAUUACGACAAAUCCUUGACGGACCCUAUCGAUACCGCUCGGGACAAAUGGAAUCUACUGCCUGCUUUUCUGAAGGUGAAAGGAUUGGUCAAGCAACAUAUCGACUCCUUCAACCACUUUGUCGAAGUUGAACUGAAGAAAAUCAUCGACGCGGAGCCCGUCAUUACCAGCGAUAUUGAUCCGGACUUUUACAUCAAGUAUGAAAAUAUCUAUGUUGGAAAGCCGCGCAGAUAUGACGAGCAUAUGGGCGACCUCAGAGAUUCGAAGGACGAAUCUACAGUCACACCAAACGAGUGUCGAUUGCGGGACAUGACAUAUGCGGCUCCGAUUCUCGUCGAUAUUCGGUAUACAAAGUCCAAGGUCGCCUACCGGCGUAAAGGCAUGCCAAUCGGGCGCCUGCCAAUCAUGCUCAGGAGUUCGCGAUGUGUUCUUGCAAAUAAAUCAGAAGCCGAAAUGUGUGCAAUGGACGAGUGCCCUCUUGACCCCGGUGGUUAUUUUAUCGUCAACGGAACCGAGAAGGUUAUUCUCGUACAGGAACAACUCAGCAAGAAUCGAAUCAUUGUCGAAGCCGAUCCAAAAAAGGAACUCAUUACCGCCUCAGUUACCAGCUCCACCCAUGCAAGAAAGUCGAAGAGUUACAUCGUCCUCAAGAAAGACAUGUUAUACAUGCGCCAUAACAUCUUGAACGAAGACGUGCCCAUCUGUGUCCUGUUGAAAGCAAUGGGCGUCACUUCGGACAUGGACAUGAUGGCUAUCGUGGCUGGGACAGACAGUACUCUUCAAGAUGAUUUUGCAAUCAAUUUUGAAGAAACCAUCAAACUUGGCAUCCACACACAACAACAGGCGCUCGACUACCUUGGAGCGCGUAUCAAGAUUACACGGAAACCAACGCCAUUCGGGCAAUCGCGACGAAACUACGUCCAGGAGGCCCUGGAGGCUGUCAGCAACGUUUUCAUUGCCCAUGUCCCCAUUGAAAAUCUCAACUUCAGACCGAAAGCCAUCUAUGUUGCGCACAUGGCUCGUCGAGUCUUGAUGGCGAAGCAAAACCCUGCACUCGUGGAUGACAGAGAUUACGUCGGUAACAAACGUUUGGAACUGGCUGGCCAGCUGUUGUCUUUACUUUUUGAAGAUCUGUUCAAGAAAUACAAUUACGACAUUAAAAUGAAUAUGGACAAGGUUUUGCGAAAACCAAACAGGACCGAAAUGGCCGAUCCAUGUACCGUGAUGAUGGGCCACGCAAACCACAUCACCCAGGGGAUGAACAGGGCGAUAGCCACAGGCAACUGGAACCUGAAGCGGUUCAGGAUGGACAGAGCCGGUGUCACCCAUCUGCUCAGCAGGUUGAGCUUUAUCGCUUCCCUUGGUAUGAUGACCCGAAUAUCGAGUCAAUUCGAAAAGACUCGAAAGGUGAGCGGUCCUAGAGCGCUGCAACCAUCGUCCUUUGGAAUGCUCUGUCCUGCCGAUACCCCUGAGGGUGAAGCUUGUGGUCUUGUCAAGAAUCUUGCACUCAUGACUCAUAUUACAACCGAUGACGAAGAAGCUCCAAUUAAGCGUCUCAUCUUCAUGCUUGGUGCUGAAGAUAUCGUGACUGUGGGCGGUACCGAGCUCUAUGCUCCUGGCUCCUAUCUUGUUCUUUUAAACGGUACUCCAGUCGCAACCACCCGGCAACCCUCACACUUUCUCACAUCAUUCCGACGUUUACGCAGAUCCGGCCGCGUUUCCGAAUUCGUAUCUACCUUCAUUAAUCACCACCACCGUACAAUCAAUGUGGCAACCGAUGAAGGACGCAUUUGUCGGCCACUUAUCAUUGUGGAAGACAAGAAGUCGAAGGUCACUAAGCGAUACCUCAAAUCACUUCGACAGGGAUCGAUGGAUUUUGACGACUUUUUGGCGCGUGGCCUGGUCGAAUACCUGGACGUCAAUGAAGAAAACGACAGCAAUAUUGCCCUGUAUGAAUCUGAUAUCAACGCAUCCACGACACACUUGGAGAUCGAGCCCUUCACUGUCCUCGGCGCCGUAGCCGGGCUAAUCCCAUAUCCGCACCACAACCAGUCUCCGCGAAAUACAUACCAGUGUGCAAUGGGUAAGCAAGCCAUUGGAUUCAUCGCCAACAACCAAUUCUUGCGGAUUGAUACGCUGCUUUACCUCAUGGUAUACCCUCAAAAACCCCUUUGCAAGACAAGAACCAUCGAACUAGUCAAAUACGACAAGCUUCCUGCCGGACAAAACGCCACAGUGGCCGUGAUGUCUUACAGUGGGUACGAUAUCGAAGAUGCCCUGGUGCUCAACAAGGCGUCAGUGGACCGUGGAUUUGGUCGCUGUCAGGUUCUGAGAAAGUAUCCCGUGAGUCUCAAACUGUAUGCAAACGGCACCAAAGAUACCGUGGAAGGACCGACCAUGGAAAAUGGAGUCCCGGUCAAAGCGCACGCGUUGCUCGAUGAAGACGGCAUUGCAUCAGUAGGCGCCAAAGUCAGCCAAGGCGAGGUGUACGUCAACAAAUAUGUACCGGAAAAUGCCAACUCUUCUGGUCUAUCAGAUACGGCGUCCAACAGUCUGGGAACGUCUUUAAUGCCACAGGCGCAGAAAUAUCGGCUUCCGGACCCGAGCUAUAUCGACAAAGUGAUGGUGUCCGAGGUCGAAUCCGGCAACCAGCUCAUCAAGAUUCAGACACGACAGACUCGAGUUCCCGAGGUGGGGGACAAAUUCUCGUCUCGUCACGGACAGAAAGGUGUGGUUGGAAUCAUUGCGGAGCAAGUGGACAUGCCGUUCUCGGACCGCGGCAUCACCCCGGACAUUAUCAUGAAUCCGCAUGGUUUCCCCUCGCGAAUGACGGUUGGCAAGAUGCUGGAGCUUGUUGCUGGCAAAGCCGGUAUCUUGAAGGGCAAGUUCGAAUAUGGCACCGCAUUCGGCGGCAGCAAGCUCGCAGAUUUGUCCAAGGCCCUCAUCGAGGCAGGUUAUAGCUAUGAUGGCAAGGACUAUCUCACUUCCGGUAUCACCGGCGAGCCGCUCCCGGCAUACGUCUUUAUGGGUCCCAUCUACUACCAGAAACUCAAGCACAUGGUGCAAGAUAAAAUGCACAGCCGGUCCCGAGGUCCACGAGCCAUCCUCACCCGCCAGCCCACAGAAGGUCGAUCCAGGGAUGGUGGUCUGCGUCUCGGAGAAAUGGAACGUGAUUGUCUCAUUGCAUAUGGCGCGUCACAAUUACUCAGGGAGCGUCUCAUGCUGUCCAGUGACAAGCAUGAGGUCGAUGUCUGCGAAUCUUGUGGCUUUAUGGCCUUUGGUCGCUGGUGCCAACGCUGCGCCACUGCUGGCGAAUCUGGUUCCAAUGUUGUCAGGAUGACUCUCCCUUAUGCUUUCAAGCUCCUGCUUAAUGAGUUGGGGUCCAUGAAUGUCAACACGAGGUUGAUCGUGUCGGAUGAGUUCCCUGCCGAUGGCUCUAGAAGAGCUUGAUCGUGGUGAAUCACGGGAUGCAUUUGCAAUCAAGAAGUUCAAUAAUCCCAUGGGAUGGCAUAUGUUAAGCUCUUGCUUGCAGCGUUGAUCUAAGCAGAGAGCAUCAGUUGCUUGAUUUUUUUUUUUUUUUCCCUUUCCCUUCCUUUUCGUGCCAGACCGAGGAGGCAAGGAGACAAAAUGAGAGAUGUGCUACAUAUUGAGACGGAAGGGAUGGAGACGGUGUGACUAUUCGAGAGCAUGACAUGGAGAAUGAACUGGAUGACUUUGAUCAGCAUAGCAUAGCAUAGCAUGGAAUGGGGAUUAUGGCAUAAGCAAGAAUAGCAAUGGAUAGCGACACUAUUCAAUGGAAAAAUGAAUCUGAAUCCUGAAAUGAUGCCUAGGUUCUUCAAACGGAGCCAAGUCACGUAUUUUUAUCCUAUCGAUCUGGUCGCUCCGUAGAGAAGUAGAAAUUUACAACUCUU